AUGGCCACGAACGGCGACUCCGGUCGAGCUUCCGGAAGCCUGGUCGAUGCAUCGGGCUACAAGUUUACGGAAAAAGAUACCAAACCCGGAAAGAUGAAAGUCAAGAAGACCUCCAAGGCCUCAACGAAGAAGAAAGCAGAUGGUACAUUCCAGAACAGCGACGGGCACCCGCCCACUUGGAUCCCCGCAGAACUGAUAGAAUCUCUCAUUGCAGAAUCGAAAGACGGCCCCAUCGAUUCCUCACCCACAUCCCCCCUCCCGAAAUUGGACGACAAACUUGCAGCAUCUUUCCCCACAGGCAAACCUCGCGAAGAGGACCUCCUCGAGACGGUUAUAUGCAAGCACUGCAAGCGUCCUGUCCUCAAACCGACGGCCCCGGAACAUAUUCGUGGAUGUCUCAAAGCGAAACAGGAGAAGGCGCGCAAGAAGAAGGAAGCUCGCGAUGCGGCUAAUCGCGCGAAGGUAGUUGAUGGUAAGGAGGAAGAUGAUACGCGUGAUAAGAUUGAUGGGGAGGACUCGAUGAAGGGACAGAAGAGCGCGAAGAAAAGCGCUGUGAAGGGGACUGAUGAUACGAAGAAGGGCAAGAAGCGGAAGGCUGAUGAGGAUGAUAAGGAGCCUAAGAAGAAAAAGAAGAAGGAUGAGCCGAAGGCUAAGGCUGCUAAGCCUAAGGGGCCGGUUGAUGUUGAGAAGCAGUGUGGUGUUACCUUGCCUAAUGGUGCACAGUGUGCUCGCUCGUUGACUUGUAAGAGUCAUUCGAUGGGAGCUAAGCGUGCAGUUCCAGGUCGGUCUCUUCCGUAUGAUAUGCUGCUUCAACAGUAUCAGAAGAAGAACCAGGCGCGCCAGCAGAAGGCUGCUAUCGAUGCCAAUGCUCCACUUCAAGAAGAUAUCGACACAAAUGGCCCUGUUGAUUCAGACGAAGAGCGAGACACCGUUAUGGCUGCCAUUGCUCGCUCAAAUCCUCAACCUCUCGCUACUCACACCCUCAUCACUUCCAAGACUAAAUACCGAUAUGUCCGCAUCAAGGAACAAAUGCUACAUGCUAUUGGUGGGCGUGGAGGGGGAGGCAUCUUCUCCACGACCGAUGAUACCCAGUCUCUUUUUGGUGGAAAUAUUUUCCAACCGUUUGAUACUGAGAUUGAUACAUCUUCCUCUCCUAUGAUUCUAUCUGCUGAGCACGGCGACGGUGCUGGCUCUAUGGAUGGCUCAAGGAAGACACCAAUCCAAAAUGUCCGGAAGUUGUCCGUUGCUACUGCAUCCUAA